AUGGCUGAUUUGCAGCGCGUUGUGUCUGCUGCAGUGCGCGAGGAGCGGAACGGGCAGGCAAGCAGGAGCAACUCGCCACGCGGUGCCCCAACACAUGCGUCUCCUCUUCCUGUUGCGACCACUCCGUCUACAACUCCUCUUCCCCGGUUGGAUGUUCCUCCCCCCUUUGCUCCCGCUGCAUUUGCCGCCGCUCCUGGGAAUCGCAUGCGCCUGCCGUGGAUUCCUCCUCUGGCGGGUAUUGAGUUUGUAACCGCGGCAGGGGGAACUGUGAUAGCGCAGUAUCCGUUCUUCCUGCCUAUUGGUCGUGCUCCUCCGGCUGUGUAUGGGCACGCGACUCUUUCCCAGGGUGUUUCUCUGGAUGGCGGCCCUCAGGACGAGUGCCUAGAUGCCGCAGAUCGGCUUGCCGAGCUCCUGGCACCCGUGAUGGCUGCACCCGUGCGGGGUGGAGUUGCGGGCGUUGGACGGCUUGGGAAUACUCUCCGUGGUCUGCGGCGGUUUUUGCGCGCAGGGACUGCAGUCGACCUGAUCGGCGCAACCACAGUGGUGGCGCACGAGCUUCAUCGCUCGCUGACGGGGCUCCUUGCUAUUCUUGACGCGGAUCAGAUGUAG